AUGACGCCUCCGUGCGAGGCCGACGUGAACAACGUGCACGAGAGGAUCAAGCAGGGCGCCGUGUCCCUGGGAACCGUCAUCACCAAGGCCAACGAGCCGACGCUGAAGCUGUGUCUGCUGCGGAUCGGACUCACGGUGUGCACGCUCCAAGCGUCCACGCUCUCCAUCCUGCUCGUCGCCAUAGACAGGGUGGUCGCCAUCACGUGCGCGUUACGCUACCAACAGAUCAUGACGCCACGCAAGGCAGCCGUCGCCAUAGCUGCCACAUGGAUCCACUCGCUGUCGGUUGGGUUCGCUCCCCUCAUGGGCUGGAGUAACCCAGAGUACAGAAACUACUGCUCGUUUCUUUUCGUCCUGGCGUCCGGCUACGUCGUGUUUCUCUUCAUCGUAGCCUUCGUGCCGAUACUCGUAGUCUUCGCCAUAUACAUCAAGCUAUUCAGGAAGGCCAGGGUUCACAUAAGGCGGAUCGAGGCUCUCCACAACAUCGGGGUUGUCAGGAGUAACAGCGGACCCUUAGGCCUGUCGUCUCACAACUGGAAGUCCAUGAAGACGCUCUUGGUCGUGAUUGGUUGCUUGGUCGUCACGUGGUGUCCGUUUCUCAUCCUGACGGCCGUUCAGAUGACGUGUGGAGAGCCCACGUGUUGCCUCAAGAACAUCAUAGGGACUCAUUUGUUUAUUCUGGGCGUAUCGAACUCAUUCUUGAACCCCAUAAUAUACGCCAUUAGAACCAAAGAAUUCAGACACAGAUUUCGAAAGCUCUUCUUUAUAAGGUGUUCUGUCUGA